AGUAGCAGAUGUAAAACCUUCUUCCACCAUUAAACAGCGCUCUAGUGUAUCUGGAUUCAUCCAAAUGGCAGAAAUAAGUCAUGAGUUGGCAGGUCCUCGCCAGGUGGGGGCAAGCUGGUGGAGCUGGCAUGUGUCACAGUGGGCACUGGACCCAGCCAGUACAGAAGUGGGGUCAAUGGACGCUUACCCGCGCCCGGCCUUUAUGCCGUAAUCCUUUCUCGCUUUUCUGGAAAAACUCAAUAGCACUAGAAUUACUGACUCAAUUUUUGGAUCUCAUUUUCAUGACAAAGCGAUUGUUCCCCCCGUUCGCCUCGGCUGUUGCUGUUUAUAAGCGGGGAUAUAAAAGGCAGCGGCUGAAAGGCCAGCGCAACAUCGAGACCUCAGGGGGAACCAACACCACCAACACUCAGCAUCACCACGGCUGACCCACACAUCAUAUCCGAGAUGGGCCGGAUCGUCUUCUACGAGGACAAGAACUUCCAGGGCCACCGCUACGAGUGCGACAGCGACUGCUCGGACUUCCACUCCUACCUGAGCCGCUGCAACUCCAUCCGGGUGGAGAGCGGCGCCUGGGUGGUCUACGAGAGGCCCAACUACAUGGGCUACCAGUACGUCCUGACCAGGGGGGAGUACCCGGACUACCAGCGCUGGAUGGGCCUGAACGACCGCCUCAGCUCCUGCAAGAUGGUCCACUUUACCAGCGGGACCCUGUACAAGAUGCAGCUCUAUGAGAAGGCCGACUUCGGGGGCCAGGCCUACGAGGCCACCGAGGAUUGCCCCUCGAUUCUGGAGAAGUUCCGCUGGAGGGAGGUCAACUCCUGCAAGGUGUUCGACGGCUGGUGGGUUUUCUACGAGCACCCCAACUACCGCGGCCGCCAGUACUUCCUGGAGAAGGGCGAGUACCGCAAACCUGGCGACUGGGGGGCCGUCAGCGCUGCAGUUCAGUCCUUCAGGCGCUUCACCGAAUGAUUUAAACUCCAUCCUAACGCCAUCUGUCGGGGCAUUUCGAGUCCAGAUUUGACUUCGAUUGACCACGUUGUGAUUUUGAACUGAGGUCUCCUAAAUAAAACAUGUCCAGUUAGCAGAACAGAGACGUUUGAGUUAUUUCAUAUCUUUUGAACCUCUUCUGCAGUCACCAGAGAAAAGAAAAA